GUAUUAGUGUGCAAUUGGAAAAGCUACAUGCUUCUUUAAUUUACAUCACUAAUCUUACUUUUUAGCAACCUCAUCAUCAUAUCAUAUCAUAUAUAUAUUAUAUCUGUUCACACUCCUGUACUAGCUACUUAAUUAGUUUGAACGUUACUACGGAUAUACACAUGCUUCGAAGAGAGUGGUAUAUAUAGUUUUGUCUUGGUUGGAAUUAAUUAGGACUGGUGGUGGCGGUUUAGAUGGGCUUGCAUGGAUUAUUAAAAUGGUGGGACGUGAUGAGUGGAAGGGUUUUGAUUAUUGCUUUUUUUCUCCUUGUUUCUUCUCCUUCUUCGUCUGCACCACCAUCAUCCAAUGAAACAAAAGGGUUUCAUCAUGAUCCACAAUCAUCAUUUUACAAACACAAAUGGCCGGGGAUGGAAAUUGGGUGGAGAAUAGUAGUAGGGAGCAUAAUAGGGUUCCUUGGAUCAGCAUUUGGUACAGUGGGAGGUGUCGGUGGGGGUGGCAUCUUUGUUCCCAUGCUAACCCUUAUUAUUGGAUUUGAUGCUAAAUCAGCCACAGCUAUAUCCAAAUGCAUGAUUACUGGUGGAGCAGGAGCAACAGUUUUCUACAAUCUAAGGCAAAGACAUCCAACACUUGAUUUGCCUGUGAUUGAUUAUGAUUUAGCACUUCUUUUCCAACCAAUGUUGAUGCUUGGAAUCAGUAUUGGAGUUGCUUUCAAUGUCACUUUCCCUGAUUGGAUGCUAACUACUUUGUUGAUUAUAGUUUUCAUAGGCAUUUCAACUAAUGCAUUUCUAAAGGGUGUUGAUACAUGGAAAAAAGAAACCCGUCUUAAGCAGGAGGCUAAGCAGAAAUCACAACUGAAUGAUAUUGGGAGGGCUGAAAAUGCUGCAAAUGAUCCUCAAACAGGAGUAGGCUCGGUCAAUGAAAAUCUCACUAACAACAUUAAUAAACAAUCUAAGAAAAAGGUUUCCGUUAUAGAGAACGUUUAUUGGAGGGAGCUUGGACUUCUUGUCUCUGUGUGGAUCAUGAUUCUUGCAUUAGAGAUAGGAAAAAACUAUACAACAAAUUGCUCAGUGUUAUAUUGGGCAUUGAAUAUACUGCAGGUGCCGAUAACAGUAGGAGUGAGUUCAUAUGAGGCAGUACUUCUAUACAAAGGGAAGAAAGGAAUAGCCUCAAAGGGAGACAAAGAGACACAUUGGAGAGUGCAUCAGAUAAUUCUAUACAUGGCUUGUGGCAUUCUUGCUGGCAUAAUUGGUGGCUUGCUUGGCCUUGGUGGUGGUUUCAUCUUGGGUCCACUCUUCCUUGGCCUUGGAAUUCCACCUCAGGUGGCAAGUGCUACAUCCACUUUUGCAAUGACAUUCUCAGCAUCUAUGUCUGUGGUCGAAUAUUACCUUCUUAAACGUUUUCCUGUUCCUUAUGCUCUGUAUUUUGUAGCUGUAGCAACUGUUGCUGCACUUAUUGGACAACAUUUGGUGAGAAAGCUCAUUGCAUUUCUAGGGAGAGCAUCUCUUAUUAUUUUCAUCCUAUCACUUACAGUUUUUGUCAGUGCAAUAUCAUUAGGUGGAGUAGGCAUAGCAAACCUGAUUCACAAUAUUGAACAAAAGAAGUACAUGGGAUUCGGAAACCUUUGCACUCUAAGGGUUAGAAAUUAGAAAAGAAAAAUUAAACUUCAAUGUCUCUGAUCUUGGACUGCAGUGCUCUUUGCUAGUUAGUGUUGUUAGGGAUUGAAUCAAUAAUCAAACUUCCUUUUUGUGUUUGCUC